AUGAGAACAUGGUACUACGCUUUACCGGCUGAGCUCAAAGUCGAACGCACCGACAACAAUAACUACCCAGCAGCAUACAUGCUCGGGAUGCUUUACCACACUUCCGUCAUCCUCCUUGCCAAACCUUUCUUGAAAGCCCUCGACAGUACCAAUCCCACCAUUGGCAACUUCCAAACCAACACCUCGCCUCCGUUGCCUCAACUGUCGGACCAAGAACGUGAAGCCAUGCAUUUGAAAGCGAAAGUCCUCUGCGACGACGCUGCCAGAGAGAUCUGCGUUCUUGGAGCCAAGUAUCGCAAGGUUUUUGGUAGCUUCCGGAAAUGCCCGCCUACCGCGAACCACAGCAUCCUCCAGGCCGCCCUCGUGACGCUGCAGAUUCACACUCUGGCCGAUGACCAGGCAAACAAGAGGGGCAAGUUGUCGCUCGAAAACUAUCUUACAACUCUCAAAGAGCUCUCACAGUCAUGGAGCCCUCCGAGGCGAUAUUGGUCAAGCGUCUCAAGGCUUGUGCAGGCUCGGCUGAGCGCGGCCACGGGUGCGGCAUCUGUCGCUCUCCUACAUACAACUGAAGACGCGAACCCUACACAGCACGGCGAGGGCGUGUCCUCGAAUGAGUUCAUGGCUGCGCAUGGGCCAUCCUACAACGGCGAUGAUGCGGAAAUGAUACAAAGCUGGAUAGGUGCAUUUUAUGAGGAGGGUGGUCUCGAGGCGUACCUGAAUAGUGGACCUGGCGACACCGCGGAUGACCACCACAUGUUCAUGGACGUAUUGCACGAGAUGGGUCGCGAAUCAAACACGACUGAUUCGUCAAGAGACAACCAUCAAUAA